AAUCACUUUGCAUACUCCAGCUGAACAAACUUGUGUGAGUCGAGGGGUCGAGCACUAGUGUGGUAUUUCUUUCGAAGAAAUGGCGACUAAAUACAGGACUGUAAUUUGUCUUCUGAGAAACGACCUGCGGUAUCACGACAAUGAGGUUCUCCACUGGGCCCAUCAGAAUGCAGACUACAUCCUUCCACUGUAUUGUCUAGAUCCCCGUCACUACCAUGGCACGUGGCACUUCUCUUUCCCAAAGACUGGUCCCCAUCGACUCAAGUUCUUGCUAGAAAGCCUUCGAGAUCUGAAAGAAACUCUUCGUCAAGUUGGCAGCAAUCUUGUCAUCAGUAGAGGCAAACCAGAGACCGUCAUUCAAGACUUGAUACGUCAACUUGGCCAGGAGAAUGUGAAAGCUGUAGCAUUACAACAAGAGGCCACAAGGGAAGAAUUGGACGUAGAGGCUGCCAUCGAGAAGUCCUGUCAGGUUCCCGUCCACAAAUUCUGGGGUUCAACGCUCUACCACAAAGAUGAUAUUCCCUUCAGAAUAAGAGAUUUGCCGAAUGUGUUCACCGAGUUCCGCAAGAAGACGGAGAACCGGUCAGAUGUGCGCCCCACUCUGCCCAUGCCCAGUAAGCUGAAGCCCCUCCCACCAGGGAUAGAUCCUGGCCACGCCCCUAGUGUGGAGGAGAUGGGAAUGAAAGAUCCUGCGAGGGAUGAACGGACUGCGUUUCCUUACAGCGGAGGGGAGAAGCAAGCCUUAGCAAGAAUACAGCAUUAUUUCUGGGAUUAUGACUAUGUUUCAUCGUAUAAGGAGACACGCAAUGGCCUCAUCGGGGCAGAUUACUCCACUAAGUUUUCCUCCUGGUUAGCUCUAGGAUGUUUGUCACCGCGGAAAAUCUACGAAGAAAUCCGGAAAUACGAGAAAGAAAGAAGAGCCAACCAGUCAACUUACUGGGUCGUGUUUGAGCUUUUGUGGAGGGAUUACUUCAAGUUUGUUGCCCUCAAGUUCGGAGACAGAUUAUUCUACCUUAGCGGUCUCCUUGGUAACCACAGAGAGUGGCGUGAGAAUAAAGCCCUCUUUGAUGCCUGGAGGGAAGGGCGGACCGGGGUCCCCUUUGUCGAUGCUAAUAUGAGAGAGUUAGCCGCUACUGGGUUCAUGUCCAACCGAGGACGACAGAACGUAGCUAGCUUCCUGACCAAAGAUCUCAAGCUGGAUUGGAGGCUGGGAGCUGAGUGGUUUGAGCAUCUGCUGAUUGAUCAUGAUGUGUGCAGUAACUAUGGCAACUGGCUAUACUGCGCUGGAGUUGGCAACGAUCCAAGACAGGACCGGAAGUUCAACAUGAUCAAACAAGGACUGGACUAUGAUGCACAGGGUGACUAUGUGAGGCUAUGGGUACCUGAAUUGCAAGGCAUUAAGGGAGGUGCUGUACACACCCCCUGGAUUCUCAGCAGCUCCAUGCUCAUUCAGGCUAAUGUCAGACUAGGCCACAGCUACCCACUGCCUGUCGUCAAGGCACCCGAGUGGAACAAGCACAUGCGACCUCAGGAAAGGGGAAAGAGUGGCAAGGGACCAGGACAGAGACAGCAAACCAGAGGGAUUGACUUCUACUUUUCCAGCGGCAAACAGGGCAAGUUCAAGAAGUGAGACGGGCAAGCGGAUGCAAGCAGAU